CCAAUGAGCGCGCGCGCUGCGAGGAAGAAGCAGGCGCGUGCGUGUGAGGAAAAGCACAUUUGACCGCAGAACGCAGACAGUGAAGACAUCAGCGGCUAUCCAGAGUCAAUCUCGACAAAACCACAGCUCUUCUCUACAGCACUAGGCAAGGGAAAUAAAUCGGCUCGUGAUGGACGGGUGCGCGCAGAUGUGUAAAUGUUUCCUGAUCUUGUUUAACAUUCUGUUCGCUCUGGUGGGUUUUGGUCUAGUCUCUCUGGGAAUGUGGCUCCGGUUCGGCGCUGAAACCAGAGGAUUGUUCGACAUCGAUCUGAACACAGCACAGUUCACUAUCGGUGUGGCGGUGUUGGUCGUCACCGGUGCUCUGAUGCUGCUGGUCGCUGUUAUCGGCGAUUGUGGCGCAUGUAACCACAGUAAAUCUGCUCUUGGUGUGUUUUCUGGCCUGCUGUCCUUUCUGAUCAUCAUUGAAAUUGCAGCAGGUGUGAUGGCCUUCAUGUGGAGUGAAAAGUUGUCAGAGGAAUUGGCGAAUUUCUACACUACGAUCUAUGCUCAGUAUGUGAACACCAGGAGUCCCGGUCAAGCCAUGACCCUCAAAAUAUUCAACAACGCUUUUGACUGCUGUGGCGUCGGUGGACCCAUUGAAGUGUUAGUGCGUGACACCUGUCCAGAAGGCAACUUCCUGAAGCAGCUCACAUUUCCCAGCUGUCCCAGUGUGAUCCGGGACAUGUUCAAGUCAAGCGCUCCGCUGGUGUUGGGAGGGUUCCUAGGGACGGCAGGAAUCAUGGUGGUGGCACUGGUGUGCAGUGUUGUUCUCAGCAGACACGUCUCUCGGUCUCACGCAUCUCCUCCUGCAUACGUGCUCCUCACCUCCCAGCCAUCAGUCCUGAUUCCUCCAGCAGCCCAGCAGAUAUAAUCUCUCUCUCUCUCUCUUUCUCUCUCUCUCUGUCUGUCAGUUGGUGGCGCUGUUGUGCAGCUCCAUUCUCUAUAAAAGUCUGAAGUCGCCUGUCUACUCGUCUCCUGCCUACUACUGAGAGCCGACCUGACCCUCCACUCGUCUGUCUGAUGGAGGGAUGAACACGUUCAUCAGCCGCGCAGGUCAAGGAGAACCACACCUGAGUGUGUGUGUGUGUACCAUCCAGAAAUUAGUGUAUUAAAAAUGUUUUUUCUUGGUUAUGCAAA